UCUAUCUGGGCUGCCAUACAAAACUGCCAAAAUUCCAGACCACAACAUAACGAGUAAGCUAAUGCUGUGGUGGGAACCAAAGCGCCUCGCCUAUGCCUCCUCCGGGUACUCUGCACGGCCUGUGCCAAGUCACCCCGCAGCUGUACCUCAGCAACGUCCGGGCGGCAUCGGACGCCUCUGUCCUCCAGCGGUUUAACAUCAGCUGCAUCAUCAAUGUCUCUGAAAACAAAGCCAGCCACCCGUGUCCUGGGGUGGACUACGUUCACAUCCCCGUCGCGGACUCUCCGUCGACCACGCUUUGCGAUCACUUCCAUCGAGUCGCAGACAAAAUAGACCUGGUCUGUCGGAGUGAUGGGCGCACGUUGGUCCACUGCAACGCGGGCGUCAGCCGCUCCGCGACGUUAUGCAUCGCGUAUCUGAUGAAGCACCACAACAAUAGCCUUCUGGAGGCGCACGGAUGGGUGAGGUCUAGCCGCCCCAUCAUCAGGCCUAAUGUGGGUUUCUGGAAGCAGCUGAUUGACUACGAGAAGGAACUGCGUGGUUGCACAACUGUGGAGAUGAUUUCCUCAAGCAUAGGGGAAAUACCAGACUUGUAUGAAGAGGAGACUAGGAAUAUGCUGCCAUUUUGACGAUUCCUCCACCACAUCUCUGUUGAGCUCAAAUUGGGACCAGGUCCAGGAGACCAUAAUAAGUAUAUAUUGCAAGAAACUUCUGGUUUAUAUUGGGACUUAGAAGUACAAAAGUUUAUUUGCAAAAUCACUUCAGAACAUUGGUCCAGCCUGAACACAAUUGAUGUGCAAAUACAUAACUAUUUUGAAGACGGCGAAUUCAAACAAAUACGAAACAUAAAAUUCUAACUUUAAAUAUGUAUUUUAUAUUUAUAUUUCCUAUGUUGUGGAGUGGCAUCUUUGAAUUAAUGCAAAAAUAAAUACAUUUCAGUUGUUUCCUGUUUACCCCUCAUUUUGAUAUUGAU